GCAGGCUUAUUUCUCUGAACGCCGACUGUAAACCUUUGUCGUUUGUUCCUGGCUGCGCAAGAUGAGAACAGUGCUGCUCGUUGUUGUCCUGCUGCCUGUGCUGAUGGCGACGGCACAUCCAGCACCAGGGAGCAGCGAACUUGUGGUUUCUCUAAAAAGUGGCCAAAUCAGAGGAGAAUAUUUGACUGUAAAAGGCACAGAGAGGAGGGUGAAGAGGUACCUGGGGAUUCCCUUCGCCAAGCCGCCUGUAGGGCCCCUCCGGUUGGCUGCCCCAGAGAGCCCGGACCCCUGGGAGGGGGAAAGAGACGGCACACAGCAGCCCCCCAUGUGCAUCCAGGAUCGAGAAGUAGUCGUAAAUUUUUCCAUAGCCAUGUUGACGGACUUCACUGUGCCAGAGGUUUCAGAGGACUGUCUGUAUCUAAACGUCUACACUCCAGCUGAAGCCACACCAGAAGUUAAGGUGCCGGUGAUAGUGUGGAUACAUGGAGGAGGUCUGGUUAUGGGUGCUGCCUCCCAGUACGAUGGUUCCUCAUUGACUGCGUAUGAAAACGUUGUGACAGUCAUUAUCCAGUACCGUCUAGGCAUCCUGGGAUUCUUAAGCACUGGAGAUGAAAACGCUAAGGGAAACUGGGGUUUGUUGGAUCAGCUGGCUGCUCUCAGGUGGGUGAAGGAAAACAUUGAGGCCUUUGGCGGCGAUCCACAAUCUGUCACAAUUGCUGGGGAGUCUGCAGGAGGCAUCAGCGCAUCCAUACUGACUCUGUCUCCCCUGUCGAAAGGACUUUUCCACAAGGCAAUCUUUCAAAGUGGAGUUGCAACUCUUGGGGCCUAUACUUCGGAGCAGCCUCUUCUUCAGGCCCAUAUGAUUGCCAACCUUACUGGAUGUUGCAUCUGCAGCACAGAAGAACUGCUCCGGUGCCUCCGAGGGAAAACUCAAGAUGAAUUCAUUUCUUUAGCCAAACAGAGCAAACUUAUCCUCGGAGCCACUGUCGACGGCGAAUUCCUUCUCAGCACAGCUGAUGUUCUCCUGCAGAGGAAAGAAGUUCUGAACGUCCCAGUGAUAAUGGGCGUCACCAACCAUGAGUUUGGCUGGAUUUUACCUCAGAACUUCGCGCCUCCUGGUUGGGAAAAAGGAAUGAACAGGGAGGCGGUGCUGGCGGUGGUCAACUUGUUUAAUCCUAUAGGGGCCGCCUCCGCAGCCAACAGUCUCAUCACGGAUGAGUAUCUGAAAGACGCAAAAACCCCAGAGGACAUCCGGAACGCUUUCACGGAGGCCAUCGGAGACCUGCUGAUGGCGCUGCCCACCAUCAAGGUGGCCGGAUACCACACAGACGCGGGCGCUCCGGUGUACAUGUAUGAGUUUGUGUACGUUACGGAUAGACCCACACCCAACAGGCCGAGCUUUGUGAAGGCGGACCACGCUGAUGACAUCGGCUUCAUGUUCGGAGCAUGUUUCUGGAACGGACAUAUCACAAUUAAUGUCAACUGCACCGAUGAGGAUGAGAGGUUUUCCAGGACCAUGAUGUCUUACUGGGGCAAUUUUGCAAGAACUGGCUCUCCUAAUGGUGCUGGUCUGGUGAACUGGCCGCUGUACGACAGGCAGAAGCAGGAGUACAUGGAGCUGGGUCAGACCCAGUCUGUGAAGCAGAAACUGAAGAAGGACAGGGUCCAUUUUGUCACUGCCACCCUCCCUCAAAGGCUGCUGCAGAUGGAAGCAGCAGCCCCUAAAGCUGCAAACUGAGCAUUGAGUUGUUUUAUUUUUAGUUCAGGUUUGUAAUAACACUUAUAAUGCAGUUAAUGCUGAUCACUGCCUGCAACAUCUGGACUCUUUUUUUGUUUGUUUGUUUGGUUUUUUUUUUUCAAACUGGAUGUAAUUAAAUCAAAUGUCUUCAUUCAUGUCAUGUAAUUGUUGUUUCGCUCUUAUUUUCCUACAUUAGAUUAAAGCAGGAUGCAUGAAUAAAACAUAAUGUUUAUCAGAGUUGCUUGAUUCACAAAGAAAGUUUCUGCACAAAGUUUCUUUCAAACUGGCCGAUUAGCUUGAUAGUGACUUCCAGGUCAGAAACGGAGGCUCCAAUUGGUAUGAAACAGGGAUGUCCAAAGUGUGGCUUGGGGGCCAUUUGUGGCCCUCAAACUGACAUUGUUUGGUCAAGAAAGGUUAAAAAUGUGGCUACCAAAAUAGUUCCAAUUGGUGAUGAAAAAAAAUGAACUGUGUUACAUGCAUUGGUGGUUGCAUGUAGGAUUUCCCCCCAUGUCAGGUUGCUGCUGAGCACCGGCAGGUUAAGCAGGGCCAGCUGGUUUCACUCUACCCCUUGAUUAGCAUAGUAUAAGGCUAUGCUAAUCAGUGCCAAUUGGGCAGCAUGUGUGCUGCAGCUUUGUGGUGUUGUGAAAGAGGAUUUGUUGUGACUCUCCUGUUUCUUUUCCUUUAGGUUCUCAUCUUCACCUUUAAGAUUUAUUUAGAGAAUAAAAGUUUGACUUUA